UCCAUCCAAGUUUUGCUGAUGAUGAAUGGAGCAGCCAAUGUGAAUGCAGCUGGACGCAGCCAUUAUGCCUCCUCUAUACCUAUUCCUAGAGCUGCAUCUCAUAGCAAGAUACAUACUCUGGCAGCAUCUCCUAAGCUGCCCCCUAAACAGAACUGUGCGGGAGCAUAUUCCUCACCAAGGAUAUCAUCUCCCAGGAUAGGGAAGGCACAGGGAAGCUCAACCUGUGGAGCUCCUAAAGGAUCGAAGCAGAAGCUUGUGGUUAAGGUUGCAGCAGCUGCAACUCCUAGACCAGAGAAAGCAGACAUAUCUGGGAGCCAUGAUGAGACAGAGGAGAUGGACUCUGGCCUUAGUUCAGGGUUGGUGUCUGGCUACAGCAGUCCCUGGGGCUUACCAAAGGCCAAUUCCAGACCUACCAAGAUAGUGAAGAAAGCUGUUAUUCAGACACCUGAGAAAGUAAAGAACACCUCUAAACAAGGUGAAAGUAAUAGCAGCCUCGUUGCUGUGAAGGUCCUUGGAAAGCCCAGCACAAUUGCUGACCCGGCAAAGACCACUCAUCUGCCAGGGAAGAGCCCUUCCUAUCUCAACCUGUAUAAUGAGACUCAAAUGUCAAAGACUUCAGAGGGAUCUACCACAAAGAGGCCUCAGAGCUGUCCAGCAAAAGGUCAAUCAGCCUCAGAAGUCAACUGGAAGGAAAGUGGAACAUCCAAGCAAGAAGAUAAUCCUCAGACAAUCUCACUGGAUACAAGCAACCUUAAUAAGGGACCUGUGUUGCAUACAGCACCCAUCAGUUUCUCUUCUGUGCCACAGCAUAACCAUCCCAUUAUGGCCACGGUUGCCCCUUUUCAUUAUCGGUGGCAGGGUGAGAAAGAGAAGAGCAGCCUUCCUCAGAAGGAAGAGUCAUGUGAUGUGCAGCAGACCAGCUCUCCCGAAGGGCCUGAGCUCAACCUGAGAGGCAUGAACCCUGAAUCCCAGAGAAAGAGGACAGUACAAAAUGUGCUCGAUCUGCGGCAGAACCUUGAAGAGACCAUGUCCAGUUUACGGGGCUCCCAAGUAACUCACAGCUCGCUGGAGAUGACGUGCUAUGAUAGCGAUGAAGCCAAUCCCCACAGUGUAUCUAGCCUGUCCAACCGUUCCUCCCCUCUCUCGUGGCGGUAUGGUCAGUCCAGCCCACGCCUGCAAGCCGGAGAUGCUCCUUCGGUCGGUGGGGGGUGUCGCUCAGAAGGCACUCCUAGCUGGUACAUGCAUGGGGAACGAGCUCAUUAUUCCCACACCAUGCCCAUGCGCAGUCCCAGCAAGCUCAGCCACAUUUCCCGCUUGGAGCUGGUGGAAUCCCUUGAUGCUGAUGAUGUAGAUCUUAAAUCUGGGUACAUGAGUGACAGUGACUUAAUGGGCAAGACAAUGACUGAAGAGGAUGAUAUCACCACAGGUUGGGAUGAAAGUAGUUCCAUCAGCAGUGGCCUCAGUGAUGCCUCAGACAAUCUCAGUUCAGAAGAAUUCAAUGCUAGUUCUUCACUCAAUUCCCUGCCUUCCACCCCCACGGCUUCCCGUAGGAACUCUGCCAUAGCGCUACGCACAGAUUCUGAGAAACGGUCAUUGGCAGAGAGUGGGCUGAAUUGGUAUGGUGAACCAGAGGAGAAGAAGAAGAAGAUGGAUUAUGACAGCGGGAGCCUGAAAAUGGAGCACAGUUUCAAGUGGCGACGGGAACGUUCUGAAAGCUGUGACGAAGCUCCUGCCAAAGGUGGGGAGCUGAAGAAGCCUGUUAGUUUGGGCCCACCAGGAUCCUUGAAGAAGGGCAAGACCCCACUGGCAGUGACCUCCCCCAUUACUCACACAGCCCAGACUCUUAAAGUGGCAGGUAAGCCUGAAGUAAAAGCAACAGACAAAAACAAACUCUUUGUGAAAAAUGCUGGCCUGCAGCGCUCAUCUUCUGAUGCUGGCCGAGAUCGGCUUUCAGAUGCCAAGAAGCCUCCUCUGGGCUUACACGAACCACCACGGCUGGCUCCUUUGGUUACAACAAAACCCCCUCCUGCGACGGGUACUGCUACAGUGAUGCAAGCUGGUGGCUCAGCUACACUUGGCAAGAUCCAGAAGAACUCCAGCAUCCCUGUGAAACCCGUCAAUGGCAGGAAAACCAGUUUAGAUGUCUCCAACGCAGGGGAGCCUGGGUUUAUGGCGCCAGGAGCCCGUACCAACAUCCAGUGGAGCCUGCCACGCCCUGCCAAAUCUAGCUCCAUGAGUGUCACUGGUGGACGAAGUGGCCCACGUCCUGUCAGCAGCAACAUUGACCCCAGCCUCCUCAGUGCCAAGGGGGGUAUUUCUGUUUCACGCCUCAAGGAACCCUCUAUAGGGGCAAGUCGGAGCUCCACAGGGCCUGUGAAUCAGACUGACAGAGAGAAGGAGAAGGCCAAAGCCAAAGCAGUGGCACUAGACUCUGACUCUGUCUCACUCAAGAGCAUGGGCUCCCCUGAAAGCACCCCAAAGGCUCCAAGUGGCCACCAGAUCCCUGGAAAAGACGCUGAGCUGCCGCCAACACCCCUCAGGUCAGCUGCCAAAAGCUAUGUAAAAGCCCCUUCUUUGGCAAACUUAGACAAGGUGAACUCUAACAGUCUAGAUCUCCCUUCCUCUAAUGAUCUCCAUCAGAUACAUAGUGGUAAACUGCAAGAGUCACACCCAGCGACUGUAAAUGUGGGCACCCAUCUCACGUCAUGCUUCACCCCAAGCCCUGCUCCAGUUCUUAACAUUAACUCUGCUAGCUUCUCCCAGGGCCUGGAGCUCAUGGGGGGCUACAGCAUCCCCAAGGAAACUCGCAUGUACUCCAAGCUUUCAGGAUUGCACAGGAGCAUGGAAUCCUUACAGAUGCCUAUGAACCUGCACAAUGCCUUCUCUGUAGGCAGCACUGCUGCACCUACCACUGCCUCUACGCCUCCUGUUGCUGCUGAGGAAGAAUCCAGUGAGAUGGCCUGGACUGGCAGCCCAAGAAUUACACAUCUGGAAAGCUCUAACCGUGACCGGAAUACAUUACCCAAGAAGGGGCUGAGGUAUCAAAUCCAACCCCAGGAAGAGACCAAGGAAAGGCGACACUCACAUACAAUGGGAGGAAUGCAAGAAUCGGAUGAUGCCUCUGAACUACCCUCUCCUCCUGCUAUCUCCAUGCCACUGGUUGGGAAAACUCCACUCACAAAUAUUGUGAGUCCCACGGCAGCCAACACCCCAAGGAUCACCCGUUCUAACAGCAUUCCUACUCAUGACUCCACCUUCGAGCUCUACAACGCCUCCCCCAUGGGCAGCACCCUCUCCUUGGCAGACCGACCCAAGGGCAUGAUCCGCUCGGGCUCCUUCCGUGACCCUGUGGAUGAUGUUCAUGGAUCUGUGCUGUCCCUGGCUUCCAGCGCUUCGUCAACUUAUUCUUCAGCUGAGGAGAGGAUGCAGUCAGAGCAAAUCCGCAAACUGCGCCGUGAAUUGGAGUCAUCCCAAGAGAAAGUAGCCACACUGACAACCCAGCUCUCAGCCAAUGCUAACUUAGUAGCAGCAUUCGAACAAAGUCUGGUAAACAUGACAUCCCGUCUGCGGAAUUUAGCAGAGACUGCAGAAGAAAAGGACACUGAGUUGUUGGAUUUGCGGGAAACUAUUGAUUUCUUGAAGAAGAAGAAUUCAGAAGCCCAGGCUGUUAUCCAAGGGGCCUUGAAUGGAACUGAUAUUACACCCAAAGAACUACGAAUCAAGAGGCAAAACUCAUCAGAUAGUAUAUCCAGCCUGAAUAGCAUCACCAGCCAUUCUAGCAUUGGUAGUAGCAAAGAUGCAGAUGCCAAGAAGAAGAAGAAGAAAAGCUGGUUAAGGAGUUCUUUCAACAAAGCUUUCAGCAUCAAAAAGGGUCCAAAAUCCGCCUCCUCCUAUUCUGAUAUAGAGGAAAUCGCCACCCCUGAUUCUUCAGCACCAUCAUCACCAAAACUGCAGCACGGAUCCAUGGAAACAGCCUCUCCUUCCAUCAUAUCUUCCAACUCCUCUUCUGUAGGCAUGGAUACCACUGAACUUUUCCAGACCAAUGAAGAAGAACCCGAGAAAAAGGAGGUUUCCGAAUUACGCUCAGAACUAUGGGAAAAAGAAAUGAAACUGACUGACAUUCGGUUGGAAGCCCUAAACUCUGCCCAUCAGCUGGAUCAGCUGCGUGAAACUAUGCAUAAUAUGCAGCUGGAGGUAGAUCUAUUGAAAGCUGAAAAUGACCGGCUAAAGGUAGCACCUGGGCCAUCAUCUAUCCCCAGCCAUCUUUUGAGCUCAUCUGUUGCAUCUUCCCCAAGGCGUUCCCUAGGAUUACAGCUGAGUCACUCUUUCAGUCCCAAUUUAACUGAUACAGAACUGUCACCAAUGGAUGGCAUCAGUGCUGGUACCCAGAAGGAUGAAAUGGUACUGCGAAUAGUAGUGCGCAUGCCACCUCAGCACAUCAUCAAAGGAGACUUGAAGCAGCAGGAGUUUUAUUUGGGCAGUAGUAAAGUGAAUGGGAAAUUGGACUGGAAAAUGCUGGAUGAAGCUGUCUGUCAGGUUUUCAAGGAUUAUGUCACCAAGAUGGAUCCUGCUCUGACUCUGGGACUCAGCAUUGAGUCUGUCUAUGGCUACAGCAUCAACCAUGUUAAAAGAAUCUUGGAUAUGGAACCACCAGAACUACCUCCUUCCCGCCGGGGUGUGACCAGCAUUGCUGUGACUUUGAAAGGUUUGAAAGAAAAAUGUGUGGACAGCCUGGUUUUUGAGACUCUUAUCCCCAAACCAAUGAUGCAGCACUACAUAAGCCUUCUACUCAAGCACCGGCGCCUUAUUCUCUCUGGACCAAGUGGAACUGGCAAGACCUAUCUGACCAAUCGCCUGGCUGAAUACCUGGUGGAACGUUCUGGCCGCGAGGUUACUGAAGGCAUCGUUAAUACUUUCAACAUGCACCAGCAAUCAUGCAAGGACUUACAACUUUACCUCUCCAAUCUAGCCAAUCAGAUUGAUCGGGAAACAGGGAUUGAUGUUCCAUUGGUUAUUCUCUUAGAUGAUCUCAGUGAGCCUGGCUCCAUCAGUGAGCUUGUCAAUGGAGCACUUACCUGCAAAUAUCACAAAUGCCCUUACAUAAUUGGAACAACUAACCAGCAUGUUAAAAUGACUCCAAACCAUGGCCUCCAUCUCAGUUUCAGGAUGCUGACUUUCUCCAAUAACGUGGAGCCAGCUAAUGGCUUCCUGGUGCGCUAUUUACGUCGGAAGCUGCUUGAGUCUGACAGUGAUGUCAAUGCCAACCGGGAUGAACUGCUACGUGUGUUGGACUGGGUGCCAAAGCUCUGGUAUCACCUCCAUACCUUCUUAGAGAAGCAUAGCACUUCUGACUUUCUCAUUGGUCCUUGUUUCUUCCUGUCAUGCCCAAUUGGUAUUGAAGAUUUCCGUACCUGGUUCAUUGAUCUCUGGAACAAUUCAAUUAUUCCCUAUCUCCAGGAAGGAGCAAAGGAUGGGAUCAAGGUGCAUGGGCAGAAAGCUGCUUGGGAGGACCCUGUGGAGUGGGUGAGAGAUACGUUGCCUUGGCCAUCAGCCCAGCAAGACCAAUCAAAAUUAUACCAUCUUCCCCCACCCAGUGUGGGGCCCCAUAGCAUAGUGUCUCCUCCAGAGGAACGGAGUGGCAAGGAUUCUACACCCAAUUCUCUGGAGUCAGAUCCCUUGAUGGCAAUGUUGCUGAAACUUCAGGAAGCAGCCAACUACAUUGAGUCUCCUGACCGAGAAACCUUGGACCCCAAUGUGCAGUCUGCACUCUAAAAAUAACUGGAUUGCGAUAGAAUGGAGACGAAUGAGCCAAUCUUGGUUGUCUUCGCUCCUAGGUCUUCUUUCUUUUUUCUCGGGAACCUGCAGUCUGGAAUGAACACCACAGAGUGGCAGGCAGGUGCCCAUCACUUCCUUUGGGAUCUGUGCAGGUGAACAGUGAAACAGGAGACAGUUGGGCCUCCUUUGCAAGACACUGCUCUCCCUCCACCUCCAAUAACUCUGGUGGUAAGAGAAUGGUGGGUUUUAUUCUUGGGCUUUCUGCCUCUGUCAUAAACUCCUGGUUUUACAGUAUGAUUGGGGAGCAUCAAGAAAUCCCUCACAUCCAGUGUUCCCAACAAAAAUGUUCUUGUAUAAGGCAAGAAACUGGAGAUAGCCACACAGAGCUGGCUGCUGUAUUUCUGCAGGGCAGUGCUAACAGGCAGGGCAAUAGCCAAGUUUGUGGAACCCUAAAAUGCGGAUCUUUUUAUAAAAUAAUAAAGAAAAGAAAACCCCAGAAAGCAUGAGAGUUGGAAGCGUCAUUGCUGCUCUUGGAGCCGAUUCCUGCAGUUGCUGCCCUUCGACUUUCCUGCCACAACCAACAUAGGCAAAGACCUAGUAAGACUGUUAACUCUCGUCUUUGUACCCUCCUUAUUUAAUCUGCAUGAAGGUCUUUUUUUACUUUCAAACUCCCAAUAAACACUUUUUUCUCCUCCACUUUAUUUUAUUUGGUUAAUCUGGGCCAUUCCAUUUGCUCUUUGGUUCUAGGAGUUACGUUCUGUUUAGUCAUCUGCCUUUGGUUCCACAGGAAGGAGCCUCCUUAGUUCAUAAGGGUUUUUUUCCAGUUUCAGUUUACCUUUUUCUUGUUUUACUUUUCUGUGAAUUUCAUUCCCACAGUCCCUCCAACUGAAAUUGGUGCUGACUGGAUGACUUCCAGUAACUUAAAUCCACUUCCUGGAUCCUUGCAGCUUGCAUCAGAUGCACAGAGAAUUGAAUCAGCAGCACAACCUAUGCACAAUUUGCAUGUGGGCUCCCCUUCUUGUGCCAUUCCAUAUCAUUUCUUUCUGAAAAGCACAAGAGGUCAGAAAACUGUGAUCAAAGGGAGAAUGGAUCGUUGUAGUGCAUCAUUUAAUGGACAGCAACAUCGUCAUUUCCCCCCAGUUUUGUACUGCUUAUCAACGUGCUUGCAAAUCUCUUUUCUUCCAUUCAUUUUCUCUCACUUUAUUUUGGGGACACAGGGUAAUAGAUCCUUUUUGUAGGAGCUUUCUUGAGUCUGUUGCCAUUCAGAUGUGCUGGAACUCAACUCCACUAAUCUCCAGCAGCACAGUCCUGCUGGCUGAGGAUUACAAAACUUGGGGGGAAAAUACAUCUGGAAAGUUAACAGUUUAACCAAGGCUGAAUAUAAACAUUUAAGCAUUUAGCCUUGGAUGUCAUUUAUAUGAUUUGCCAAACAAAUAGCCAUCAAUACACAAGUAUUCCCCUAACUAGAUGACUUUGAUUGAAAUUCCAAUCAAUCUGGACCAUUGAUCUCUAUCAAGCAUUAGGUUUGGGGCAACUGAAGAGCACUCCCAUAUGAAGUGACCCCCCCCAACCAGGAUUAUAAUAUACUUAAAGAGCUAUUUAGACUAGCUAAAUAAAUCAUCUGAUUACAGAAUUUGUCUCAAUAAAAUGUCAGUAUAGUUUCUAUUGAUAUGUGUUUUACAUUCAAAAUUGAAAUUAUAGAUGUCGGACCAGCCCUCGGCUUCUAAUGUUCUGUAAAUGUCCUACUGAUGUUUUUUGAGGCACGCUUGCCAACUUCUAGUAAAAAAAAAUUAGAUUAUAGGAGGAGUCAGUGCACAGCCAUAAGUUUUUGUAACGUUUAGCUUUGAUGAAAUAAAAGAUACAAGUCUGAAUUUUAGCUUCUGUGGUAGGAUGACAUAAUGAUUAGGUUCUCCAUAAUGCACAUCUCUGCUUUUUUCAGUAGUGCCAUGCAGACAUAUGAAGAGAUACCUUACUGAAAGCUUGAGUAAAGCAUCCUUCCAAUGCAAAACCACAGAAUAACACAAAUCCCCAUCUCUGAACAGCAUUAUGGCUGUUUUACUGUACUGGGUAGAUCUUCUCUGCAUGCCAAACUCUUUGACAUCAGAGCAAGAUGAUUUCCUGAGGCAAUUCAGCCUCACUUUGAUCUUAUGGCAGAGUGCCUCAUUGAUGACAUGGAUCCCAAACAAUCCACAGCAGACUGUUUCUUUUAAAAAGUCUAAGCACUACAUCUGUUCAGUUCUUAUUCCAGCAGAGCCUGUGAGAGGAGACAACUAAAAAGUGUCACAUUUCUUAAAAUGUAACCCCAGUUUUUACACAUUUUUCCUUCUUCCAUGGGCUAAUAUUUUAAUAAUAGAACAUACUAACCCAGAGGCAUCUGCAGCAGUGUUUCUGUCAAAGUGACUAAAUGGGCAUUGUGUCAUUGUGAUUGUAUCUCUUUUGUUCGUGCAUGAGGCCUUGAAACAUAUUUACAAAACAGACACGAUGGUGUGAUGCUUGUUUAGUCAUCUCCUCCCCCUCCCCACUGCCGACGCCCCUGGGUUUAUCGUUCAUCCUCUCAUGGCUCCUAUCGCUGAUUCUUUGUUUCCCUUGUGGUGGAACCUAUUGGGUUUAUAUUGGCAAAUCAUUCACAAGGCCUGUAGAUAGAUACAUUGUGCCAAAUACCUUUGGUCUUACAUAGUUCUGGGCAUUCAGGUAAUAUUGCCCAGAUUUUCAGUAUUUUCUCUUUUUAAAAAUGUGAUUUUAGGAAGUGAGUAAAAAUAUUUUCCAGCUUCAUAUGCUACAUUUUGCACUUACCUAGUCCCUAUAUAGAAUGUAUAUAGUGUCUUUUUUGUCCAUGACUUUGCCAUAAAGGAACCUUGUGAAAUGAGUGCUGGCUUAUUUUCCUCUUUUGUAAGUGUAAUAUAACAAUUCAGGUUACACUUAAAAGUUGCAGUGGAGAGUUCAUUUUUAUUUAUUGAACCAAAUAGCCAUCCAAACCAUUUUAUAGAUAGAUAAUUCAUUCUUCACCUUAUCCCAUUCUUCUGUGGCCAUUGAGAUGCCUUGUUUUCACUGGGUUACUUUAGAACAUGGGUUGUUCCUCUAGUUCCCUCCCCCACAUUUCAUUUUGAACAAUUUGUCCCUUUUUGGGCAUGGUUAGGGGCCCAAUUUGGAGGGAAAAAAAUACUUUAUAGGAUGUAAGUACAGGUAGUGAUCGUUGUGCAGGUUGGUCACAUGCCAAUAAGAAGGAAGAAGACGACAACCUGCCUAUGUAUGCAUAGCCCACCUCCAUUUCUGAAACUGCUUUAACUUUUCCUUAACUUGGCAAACAUGUAAGAUAGAAAGAUUUGCAUUUUUGAACUAAUGAAUGCUUGCCAAGAAUACUGACCAUCUGGGUAAAAUUAGUAUCAUAAUUUUGAUAAUGCAAGGAUAGAAUUUUGCACUGCUUUCCCUGAGCCAAGGGUAUGAAAUGAAAUGAUCGAUAUAAUGUGUAAGAAGUACAAAAUUAAUAUUUUAUUGGCUUCCUGUGCUUUUGUAGAGCCUUUUCAUUCACAAUUUCUCUAUUUUAUUAUCAAUGAAAUCUUUUUUUUUUUAACCCUCCAUCUAUUGAACCAAGGUUUUACCUGUAAACAACAUCGGAUACAAAGCAAUCUUGAUCAACAAAGUUAGAUAAUAGUGCAGACUUUCCACCCUUGUCUCCAAGAUUCUUUACAAAUUGCCUGACUCGAAAGUUAUAAUUCAUCACAUCUGCAUGGCACUAGUGGAAGAAGGCUGUAAUAAGAAGUUACAAUGAUUUUCAGGAGACAAUAGUUAUUCCUCCCACAAAUAUGACAUUGUCUCAGGGUUUUUUUAAGGUCUCCAUGCCUCCUAUUUCCUUCAAGCAGAAUGUAUUUUGUAAGAUGAAACUGCCUAGAACUAUCAACCUUUAUGGCAGCAGUGACAGAUGAAUCCCUCUUUGUGACAGUCUGUUCGCAGUAUGAAUCUAUCACUCUCUUUACCUGAAUAAAGUGGGAUGGAAUAGGUUAGAAACCAAGGAAGUUAUCAAUUAUGAACCAGAACCUAUCCCUAUGCAGAAAGAGAGUAAAGGGGACUGCUUAGCCACUAGGGAGUGGUAUACUAUAAUGUCAGAAGGGCUGAUAGUUCAGAUUAAUCAGUCUUCUUUAUGUGGAAAAGCUCUUGUGCUUUCAUAUGAAGUUGUGCUGCUUUGAAAUUGUGAUUAUCUGAGCAAAAAUGCAACUUCACUGGGCUGUGAAGUUGCUCAUGUCCCUGAAACUCUGCCUUAAUAUUACCAUUUCAAGGGAGGAGAAUCUAGCCAUGGAUUAACAGAUUUUACUCUUUUCUGACUAUUAAAAGAAGGCUGGGGUAAUCUUUUAAACACAGGCUAGACCAAAUAGUGGAAUAGUUUAUAGAUCAGCACAAAGAGCCCAAGAAGGAAGGAAGGGUAACAUCCAAUGCCUAUUGAUUAUGUUCCUUGGAACUGCUUAGAUGAUUGACUGACUAAUUAAUCUAGCAGCUGCCUUUCCUUCUGAAACACCAAACCUAAUGACCCAAAUCACACCCCUAUCCCUGCAUGCUUACUCAACUACCUUAUAUUGGAUAAUAUAAGUCCUAGCCAAGAACUAGUUCUUCUUCUCAAAGCAAAGCUUUCUGUUAAUAAAUGGAAUUCCUCUGUUGCUUACUCACUCCUUUUGCUGGAAUAAGCAAUGCCACCCAAAGGAAUUUUACUUCAUCCCACUGAAUUUACUUGUCUGCCAAGAGCAAUGUUUACGAACUGAACAGCCUUACCUAACUUCGUGUCCUUGAGAUAUUUGGACCAUAACUUUGGGACAUCAUAUGUCAAUGAUUUGCCAAUGAAAGUUGUGUUCUAGCAUAUGUAAAGUAUAUCUGACUGGGGAAAGAAGGCAAUAAAGAAAUGCAAGCAAAUUAAAUGUUGACACUUUUGAAGCUAAAGUAAAGAGUAUUACUUUAGACCUUUAAGACAAGACAGUAAAAGAUAAACAUCUUAUUCAACUCAGAGCUGGCCCAAAAUAGCAUAACUAAAAGGUUUGACCUUGCUUUCAAAGGAUUAGGAGACAUUUGCCUGGGUGGUUUUUCAACAGAGCUGGCCCUCUAAAUAGUAACCAAAAAGAAAAAGGAGAAAGGAAACUAAAGUUCUAGAUUAAGGACUCAGAUCCAGCAGGUUCUCUCCAUUGUCUUGGCUGUCCAUCCAGAUGAUCAGCCUGAGAUGAAUUUGGUGGCUAAGAGCAAUUUAUAGGAAAUGUUUUCAAACAUGAAUGGAAAACAGUCCCUCUCCCCAUGUCAUUUCCAUUUUGGAUGGUAGAUACAUCUCUUCAUUAAUAUUUUAUAAUAUAAAUAUUAUACAAUUCAUAUAAUAUUUAUAUAUUUUUUCUGUAUUUCCAACAUUUCCUUCAGAUUCCAGUUUUGCUGAAUACAAUUAAAUACCCGCAUGCCAGUACUGCAAGUCUUUAAAUGAAUUUAAAGAUAUGAGGCACAUGACAAAUAAGAAAAAAAAACAUUUGUACAUGUGGAUCUUCAUUUAAUUAAUUGGUAAAAUGCAAAUCAAGAUACAGUGAUACUGAUUCAAAAUAAUUGCUGAUUCAAAUAUUCAAUUUAAUUUUUUUAAACAAACAAGGCUCUCUAACCAAUUACAGUUCCAAGCUAGCUAUCCUAUUGUGAAAAUGCUAGUGCUUCCUAACUGACUGAUUGCAGAUGAAACUACAGAAUUUCUCACCACCCAACUAUCAGUAACGACAGUAAACUAUUUCCUGAAGUAGAACUUUAGGUGAUGGUAAUUGCCAGUCAUGUCAGCUAAAUAAUUCAUAAUAAUGCUAUCUAAAAACUGUAUUAAGGAAUCCGAAAAAUCAAAGAGGCCAUUUGGUUGUUAGAAAAGUGUGGUGUAAUGUAUUUCCCCUAAUUUCCAUUGGUAGCCAACUGCAUAGCAACUCUAUUAUUCAAAUACUUCUGUAAUCAUUGUUUUUAAUGGGUGGGUCACCUAACGUCAUAGUUGGAGUUUAUGACUGAUUAUUUCAUGCAAAUCCAAGGUGCUCAUUUAUCUUUGUAUAACUAUACAUAUGUACAUAUUUUGUUUUAUGUAACAGAUGCUUUGGAGAUAUUAAUUUGCUUUGGAACCCAAUGGAUGACAUAGUAGAUUUAGGCUAUGACAAAAGGUGCACCCAGACUGGUUUAAAGAAAACUGUUGCAUAGAAAAUGAAAAUCUAACUAGACUGAAUCUUUAAUGUCCUGAUUUAAUCUUCUACAACAGCAUAGGUGCUAUAUAUGUAACAUUUUUUGCCAAUGAUUUUAAACUGCACUGUCCUUCUGUGCAGCUAAUGUGAAUGUGAGUAUUCUAUCUCAGAGAAGCCUCCUCACUCAAAAUCCAUAUAACUUGCUGGUGACAGGGUCAAGAUAUUAUGUGUUUGCACAUUUUGUCUUCCUUCAUUUUCCUUUCCAGCCAAAUUUAUGCAAAUGUUGAUUUGUUGAUUCUUAUGUAUGUUGUUGAUUUUUAUUGGGAAAGACGUAAUUACAACUUUCCAAAACCUCCAAACUUGGACACCUUUUUCAUGAGAGUGCCUGUAAAAUGUAAGACCUGAGGCCCUCCACUCCACUAGGGGGAUAAUAUUUUUAUUCCUCUUAAGGACUGUCCAGUGUUUAAUUGGCUUUAGGAGCUGAAAAUAAAAAACAAGCCUCCAAGAAUUCUUAGCUAAUGUACAAGAGAAGCAAAACAUCUUACACUGUCAUCAGUUCAGUCAUUUAAUAGGCAAUGCAAGUUUUUCUAGUGCUUCUGUAUUAGUGUAGCAUUCUCCAGAACCUCCAAAUUCCUACAAAGGCUAUGCAGUUUUUCUCCAAUCUGAUUAGUUGGAAAUGGAAGUGUUAGGCAGGUGGAUCUUUCUAGACCUCAUAUUUGUUCAAGUUUCUAUUUCAGACCUCUUUCUUCUUUAGCACUUGGGUGAUGUCAGUAGUAGCAGAGAAUCUCAGCAGUCCCACUAGUAGGGUCAUUUAGAAUCCUAGUGGUGGUUCUUGUCAGUUAUAUUUAGAGCUACUUUAAAGCUUGAAGUCCUAUUUAAUCCCUUUCCCCAAAAAGCAAUAACUUAAAAGAAUGUCACUGACUUUUUUUUAAAAAAAGGACAACUACCCAUGAUGCAAAUGCUGACUUGUAUCACUAGAAUUAUAAUAGGAACUGCCUCUUUCAAUUUGUGAGUUCUCUUUUACUAAAUCCACUUUUAACUGAAGCAGUACUGCAAAAUAAAUGUACAGUCACUGUCUUAAAAGUAAAGAUGUAGGGGACUAAACCCAAAUUCAUAAAUCACUAAUACAAAAAUACUUCUAACAAUCUGCUUCUCCAGGUAACCACUUGGAGGCUCUUCCUUGCAUCCUGAUCUUAUGCUUACUCAGAUGCAAGUUAAACAAGACUUACAUUUUCAAGUAAAUAUGCUUAAGAUGCUUUAAGUGAUCGACGUAAAAUGUAUUACCGUAAAACAGCCAGAUGGACAUAUUUUCUAGUCUUCUGUCCUCUUUCCCUUUAGGAUAUGUUCUGUUUCACAUUUGGUGCUUUCUCCUUCUCCCAAUUUGUGCCCAUGUUCCUUUUUCUCUUCUGUUUGAAAGCGUACUUGCUGAGCACCAUUUACCAAUCUCAAGCAUCUGUUGCAUUGGGGCUAUUUUGCACAGUGAUUUACAAAAUAUCAAACCUUGUGCUUGGUUUGACAUAAAGGUUCCUCAUUUGCCUUUUCCCCCCUCUUGUUUCAUUUUUGUAGAAUAAAAAUCUGUUGUAAAUAACCUGUAAUUGAAUGGCCUGAAUGAGUCUGAGGAACCAGUCUUGGGAGCUGAGUCUUGUAUCUGUGAUACACCAUACUGAGUUUUUUAUUUGUUUGGCUUUUUAAAAAAUAAUAAUAUGUGAGUAACUGUGAUUCGCUGACUCAUUUCUGAUUGUACAAUAUACACCUCCCAGGAACUGCUGUGGUCAGCGGAAGAAAUUUGUGGAGCAAAAUUUUAAAAUGCCUUCUUCCACAGGAACCUGGCCUUUCAUAUUUCUUGUGCUGCUUUCUCUGCAUUAGCUCACUCUUUUCAUUAAGUUGGCAGAAUCUCCUGGAAUAAAGUUAAUGAAAACUAGAUGAAAAAACUUAUCAGUUUCUUCCCAGCUAAUCUCUCUGGUCUAGUGCUAAUGGGAUCCCAUGUUAAAGAAUAACUUGAUUGAGUCCCAGAUUAAAUGGGAUGAAGUGGAAAACUUGAUCUUUGCAUCAGAACUGAUGCAUUACCUUGAUUCAGGUAAGAGAUUCCAGUCUUCUGGGAGAGCACAGAGGAAGACUGGAAUCUCUUACUGAAUCAGAAUAAUUCACAAUCAAAUAAAGAUGCCCGUAGUCUUAUUAGUCAAGAAUUUUCAAUUUCCCUAUAUUCUGUUUCAUAUGUUUGAUGAAUUAUUCAGUGGAAUACUUUGCAGCAGUGCCAUUCUGUUUAUAAGAAUAGUGUGUUAUAGUAUGCUAUUCAGGUAACAACAAGAGAAUUAAUGCCUCUCUUAGAGAGUUAUUGAUUUGUAUGUUGGACUUAUAUAAAUAGUUGAAACAGCUUAUUCACUAGUGUUGAGUUUCAUCUUCCCUUUAAUAAAGAAAAAUAAAUCACAGGGCAGUUCAGGCCAGAGUCUGUUCCUUCCAAGUAUUUACACCCUUCAGUUCUGCUAAUGAACGUGAUGCUUAUGGACUACUGACAAGGGGUCCACUGAGACCCUUUUCUAUGUACUUAUGCUUUUUAAGUUAUGGCUAAGGAUGUGACUCUGAGGAUAAUUUAAUUUACAUAGCUGUUUAAUAGUAUUGAUAGUAUCAUAGUGCAGAUCAUAUCAAGUAAUAGUGGACAAUACUAGUACAUUGAGUACAUGUACUGAUACAUUCAGAAGAGAGAAACCUCAAAGGGAAGUAAAGAGAAUAUAGGCAGCUAUUACGUUUUCUUCUGUGAGUUUUUCCAUUGAUAAGUGACCUGGCCAACAUGCAUUAAAAAUUUCUGAUUAUAGUCCCCAAAUGCUAUUUUUCCCCCAAAAGUAAAAGUAAGCAAGAAUAAUCUAUACUUAUUAGAAAUUGUAAUUUAAAUCAGGAUAGUAAUCACAGUUGAUUCAAGUUAAAUUCACUGAAAAGACGAACCAUUAUAUGGAUCCUUAGAUUAUCUAUUCUAACAUUUUUUAUGGCAGCAACCUGUCUCCUGGGAUAUAAUAGGAAGAUUCUUCCUAGUUGUGUGUUCCUGAGAUCCUUUUCAAGCUUUUAAUGACUGUGUGAGGAUUGGAACUGACAUCUUAUUCAAACGAAGUAAAUGAUCUAACUAAGCUACUGAAUAGCACUUGUGUAGAGCAGUACAGCAAGGUAUCUGUGUUUAGCAAUACAGCAAAAAUGUGCUUAAUUUCUUCUCUGCAGUUUGGUUUUAGCUUAUUUAGCCUGAGCAGAAGAGACCCAGCACCAGCCCAGAGAGAUCACUGGUUGACAAACAUUGGGAUCUACACCCAGGACAAAGAGUGGAGCUACAUGUCUGUAUACUAAUUCAAAUGCAGUGUUAAAGGAAGGAAAGAGAGGCCAGACUGAAUGCUAUCCUAACUUCAUUUCCAUUUAUUGCAAAUAAAUUUAAACAAGGGGAUCUGGGAAUUUCAUCCAUUUGAUCAUGAAACUUCAAAGGGCAAAGCUGGAUGGUUCCUAGUGGCUCCUACUUAGGAGCAUUGGUGCUAAAUAGUUGGGGGCUCAGUCCCAGAGAAAGCUAGGUGGAAGCUGUUGGAAUAAUGAUAAUUGCACUAAUUCAUCACUCCAUCAGAAAACGUAGCACCUUUCCCUGCCAAAGACAUGUCACUCUUCUGCUCUAGCCAAAUCCAUGAAGCUCUUGGCUUGAGGUGAAGCUGGGAUAGCACCAAAGCUUAGGGUCUCCUUGGCUUACUAGCUACUGUUGACUGGAGGCUCAACUCUUAACAAUUUUAGCUUUUUUUUCUAAUUAAAAUGCAUUUUUUUAAAAAUUAAAAAAGUGAAAAAAAUCCUGUUUAGGAGAGGUGUGUAUUGGCAGAGUUAGUGUUUCUUAACUGCAUGGUAUUCCUUCUAGGGGGUUUUAUACCACUUUUUAAAUUUCUCAGAAGAUUUAUGGUCCCAGUUUCUAUGCUAUCUUAUCUCUUGCUUCUUUCUCUUUCUUGCUUUUUGUUUAUUAUUUGAUAUGUUCUCUUUCUUUUCUGAAAACUGUUCUUUGUAAACAUGCAAUUUCUUUUAUAACUGAUGUAAACAAAA